AUGGCGGACCAGCAGACCCCGCCCACCUUUAAGCUCGUCCUGGUUGGUGAUGGCGGUACUGGCAAGACCACCUUCGUCAAGCGCCACCUGACUGGUGAGUUCGAGAAGAAGUAUAUUGCCACUCUCGGUGUCGAGGUGCACCCGCUCAAAUUCACCACCAACCUGGGCCCUAUCCAGUUUGAUGUGUGGGACACUGCCGGCCAGGAGAAGUUCGGUGGUCUCCGUGAUGGCUACUACAUCAACGGCCAGGCCGGUAUCAUCAUGUUCGACGUUACCUCCCGUAUCACCUACAAGAACGUUCCCAACUGGCACCGUGAUCUCGUCCGUGUCUGCGAGAACAUCCCCAUUGUGCUGUGCGGUAACAAGGUCGAUGUGAAGGAGCGCAAGGUCAAGGCCAAGACCAUCACCUUCCACCGCAAGAAGAACCUCCAGUACUACGAUAUCUCUGCCAAGUCCAACUACAACUUUGAGAAGCCCUUCCUGUGGCUUGCUCGCAAGCUUGUUGGCAACCCCCAGCUGGAGUUCGUUGCCGCUCCCGCUCUCGCUCCUCCCGAGCUCGAGGUCGACGAGGUCCAGAUGAAGGCCUGGCGCGAGGAGAUGGACGCCGCCGCCCAACAGCCCCUGCCCGAUGAAGAUGAUGCCGACCUGUAA